AGGCCGUGGGGCGGUAAGAGAACAGGAGACACAACAAACAUGGCGGCGGUGACGAAGACGGCGGGGGCGACGGCAACAGCAGCGGCGUUGAACAAGGCGGUAGGGGUUACUCGGUGCGGCUGUCAGGAGACCUCUGUAUGGCUUUUCAAUUUUAGUUGAAAUUCGCUCCAUGGCCUUUUGGAGUCCUUUGGUGUAUCUCCAGAGUAAAUUUCGAUUACUCUACAUUUCAUCCAUGUUGGAGUGGCAAGAAAAAGGAGGAACUGAUUUGGGGUGAAAAGGUAUAAGGAACUGUAAACUUUAAAAAAAAAAAAAAAAGAAAAGAAAAGAAAAUCAAAAAACAAAGAUGGGUGAAAAGAAACCAGAGCCUUUGGACUUCGUGAAAGAUUUCCAGGAAUACCUGACUCAGCAGACCCAUCAUGUCAACAUGAUUUCUGGAUCAGUUAGUGGGGACAAAGAAGCAGAGGCUCUUCAGGGAGCUGGAACAGAUGGUGAUCAAAAUGGACUUGAUCACCCAUCUGUUGAAGUUUCCCUGGAUGAAAACUCAGGAAUGUUAGUAGACGGGUUUGAAAGGACCUUUGAUGGGAAGCUCAAGUGUCGGUACUGCAACUACGCCAGCAAAGGCACCGCACGGCUCAUUGAACACAUUAGAAUCCACACAGGUGAGAAACCUCAUAGAUGUCACUUAUGUCCAUUUGCAUCUGCUUAUGAGCGUCAUCUGGAAGCCCAUAUGCGUUCCCAUACAGGAGAAAAACCAUAUAAAUGUGAAUUGUGUUCCUUCCGCUGCAGUGAUCGAAGUAACCUGUCCCAUCAUCGAAGGCGCAAGCAUAAAAUGGUACCAAUUAAAGGUACUAGGUCUUCCUUAAGCAGCAAGAAGAUGUGGGGGGUUUUACAGAAGAAAACAAGCAAUCUGGGCUAUAGCAGACGAGCGCUAAUCAACUUAAGCCCACCUUCCAUGGUGGUUCAGAAGCCAGACUACCUUAAUGACUUUACCCAUGAAAUCCCGAAUAUCCAGACUGACUCCUAUGAAAGUAUGGCAAAAACCACACCAGCUGGUGGCCUGCCAAGGGACCCCCAAGAACUCAUGGUUGACAACCCUUUAAACCAGCUGUCAACUCUAGCAGGACAGUUGUCCAGUUUGCCACCUGAAAACCAAAACCCCGCAUCCCCUGAUGUAGUUCCCUGCCCUGAUGAGAAGCCUUUCAUGAUGCAGCAGCCCUCUGCCCAAGCUGUAGUUUCUGCCGUGUCGGCCAGUAUUCCUCAGAGCUCCUCUCCCACUAGCCCUGAAGCUCGGCCAUCACAUAGUCAGAGGAACUAUAGUCCGGUGGCAGGUCCGAGCAGUGAACCAAGUGCUCACACGAGUACUCCCAGCAUGGGAAACAGCCAGCCAAGCACUCCAGCUCCGACCCUGCCGGUCCAGGACCCUCAGCUUCUGCACCACUGCCAGCACUGUGACAUGUACUUUGCCGACAAUAUCCUUUACACUAUUCAUAUGGGAUGUCAUGGGUAUGAAAAUCCUUUUCAGUGUAACAUAUGUGGAUGCAAAUGUAAAAACAAGUAUGAUUUUGCCUGUCAUUUUGCAAGAGGGCAACAUAACCAACACUGAUGGAAAACAAUCACGUUAUGCUUUACUUGGUUUGCCUUUUUGUGUUUUGUAGUUUACUGUUGUUUUCUGCAGGGGAGGGGUGGGGGGUGUCGUCCCUAUUAAGGUGUUUGCUAAUUUAAAGUCUAUACAUACAGAGUAUAAAUUUGACAGUGGAAACAAAAUUGUUUUCUUUUUCCAUAAAAACCUCAUCAGGGUCAUUUAUGUAUUAGAACAGUUGGACACGUUGGUGUCUUUUUUUCUUUCAUUUAGACAUUUGAGAAUUGGAGUGCAAUGAUAAUCUUACAAGUGGUCAUUUAACUUUCUCACGUUUAUGGUCCAUAAAAACUUCAAGGCCGAUAGAUAGCCUUGGUAUUUCAACAUCUACGCUAUGUUAUUUCUGCUAUAAUUUCAAAAUGGUAAAUUACUUUCUCUUACAAAGUCUGUUACAACUUAUUUCAAUGUUUAGUGGAGGAAUUGCCUUUAAAAUUGCCGUUAAUUGAAAAUUAUUUAGUUAACGUAGCUUAGUUGAAUCAGUAGUUUAAUUUCAACUGAUAAUAGUAAAGCAAUUUCAGUGUAGUAAAUCUUUCUUUUUUCCACAAGGGAAAAUAUAAAACAUUUAAUUCUUUUAAAAUUAAAGUUAUAAAAAUAUGAGGUAAAAGUUCUGAAAAGAAAUGACACUUUAAGACUUUAAAUUGAAAAUGGAGUUUAAUAUUUAAAAUACCUGCCUAUUCAACUUGUAGUUUAAACACACAGCAAUUUUCCAUUGUAUCUUUUUUAUUAUACUUGUAACUUAUUUUAAAAACUACAGGUAAAUACAUGAGAACGCUAGAAAUAUCAGAGGAUUAUCUGUGAAGAUGCCUUUUUUCCUUUUAAUCUGAACUGUUCAUUUAACUCUUCAUUCUGAUGUUACACGUGAGGUUGGUAACUAUACUGAGAAUCUGUUAUUCCUUCUAUCCCUUUGAUGACCAAAGAGGUACAGUGGAAGUCAUCCAUCUUAUUCCUAGGAAAUGCGGUCCUUCCCCCC